GGCAACGUUAGCCAUUUGAAUGAGAGCCGCUGGGGAUCUGUGACCGUUUCUUCUGGACGUCUGGACUUCAUAUGAGUCUGUGUGAGCGGGAUAAUGACCACUGACGGACCCUGGUCAGAUCGGGCAAAGUUCUAGUAGAUGUUUGUAGAAGUUUGAUUGUGGAAAUGCUGGACUUUGAAUGAGCGAGAUGGAAACCUCAUCUCCACGGCGACGCCGUGGUCACCGUGGCAAUUCUGUACCGCGGCGGCAGCGUGGGAACUGCAAGAGUUCUUCACCACGGCCACGCUGUGGUUCUGAGGCGGAGGCGAAGGAGGCGUGUGAUUGGCUGAGAGCAGCAGGGUUUCCCCAGUAUGUGCAGCUCUAUGAAGCUGGUUUGUUCCCGAUUGACAUCGCCUCAGUCAGGAGAGACCAUGAGUUUCUGGACCACGACUCCGUCAGAGCGUUGUGCAGGAGGUUGACGACCUUGAACAAAUGUGCUGCUAUGAGCCUGGAGGUUCACUUUCGGUGCAAACAGAGCGAGGACUCUGAAGAGGAUGAUGCCUGCGCUCUCAGUUCCCGCUGGGCGUUUCAGCGCGAGAGCAAAACUUGGUCCCGCCUCUGCACCGUCGCCCCUGGCGACGGGGUGGCGACCUUGCGGCCUUCGGCAAGCAGCGACAGCGUCCUGAGCGACUUCAGCCAUGACGUGACCUCGCUGACCUCGGACCUUAGUCUCAGUAGCCUGAGUCUGGACAGCGCCCGGGAAACGACGUCUCCGGGGGUCGCGACGAGUGAGAGCUCGGACUUUGCGCAAGUCUCGUCCGGCGGCGGCGACGACGAUGAUGCCAUCAAUAGCGUUUUGGCUUCGUCUCUGUCUGUCCGGGAAAAGCCCAGGCGCACCUCCAGGCUCUUCUUGCGUCGGAUGGAGUCUCUACGGCGACGGAAUCGUGAGAAGGAGACAGUUGCUAUGGGCGUCUCCACGGAAACAAACUUCCAUGAGGCGGGAUUAAGUUUGCACUGCACUCCAGAUGCCAGCCUGCCAGGAAUGACCACGAAUAAAUGUUGUGUUGCCAAGGAUGCCACCUGGAAGUCUCACACAAUAUGCCGGACCAACUUCAGCCAGUCAGAAGCUCCAAUCAAACCUCAAAGAGUGUGUCUUUAUUUGGAGGAUUACCAGUUGGCAUGGGAAAGGGAAAAGCUGCACGGCAGUCUUUUCAGAAAGGAGAGGCGGAUCGUCCACCUUCCUUCGGACCACAAGCCUGGAACCUUCCCCAAGUCCUUGUCGAUUGAAAGUCUUUGCCCUGCCCCGCUGUCAGAGUGCAGUGAUCGGAUUGGCUGGCCGGGAGAUGAUGGAGAUUUCUCGCUGGGUGACGGCAGCAGCCGGAGCGAAUCACAGGACUUUCUUGCUGCUGGUUUCGGGAAGAGACGCAACUCAGCAGGUUCGAUCGGGAGCGUUUACGACAACGUUCCGGAGGCAUCUGCCGAGGAAACAUCUUCCACGUUUGAGGAAGAAACAGCGUUCCAGCAUCUGGAUGCUAUUCUACAGCAGGUCCAAGGGCUUCAGCUCAAUAUAGACAAGUGGUCACUUUCGCUUGAGCAGCAGUUGCAAGACCACCCGUCCAACUCUGAGAGCGAGUCUACGGCUGAAACUACUUUACCUGGCAGCCUCCAGUACGAGGAUCGUUCGGUGUCGGAUAUGGGGAUGACGGUUAGUGACUAUGAAAGCACCGGAAAUUCGUUGAACGACGGAGACGGAGAUGGAGAAAUGAGAGAGAGGAGAGACUCGGGAGUGGGAGCAUCCCUAACUCGGCCAAGCAGGAAGCUGCGAUGGCACAGUUUUCAGAACUCCCACCGUCCCAGUGUUUCGUCAGCGUCUCAGGAGAUCAACCGUCAGUCUGCAGCUCAGCUGAACCUGCUGCAGAAGUACAGCCUGCUGAGACUGACCGCUAUCCUGGAGAAGCACUGUGACAUGGGCAAACACGGCUGGAGCUGGGCCGUGCCGAAGUUCAUGAAGCGCUCCAAAGGGCCGGACUACAGGGACAAGCAUGUGUUUGGGGUCCCGCCGAUCGUGAACGUCCAGCGCACCGGCCAGCCCCUCCCACAGAGCAUCCAGCAGGCCAUGAGGUACCUGCGUAGCCAGUGUCUGGAGAAGGUGGGAAUUUUCCGGAAGUCUGGAGUUAAAUCCCGUAUCCAGGCCCUCAGGCAGCUGAAUGAGAAUUCCCCCGAUCAUGUGACGUAUCAGGGCCAGUCGGCGUACGACGUAGCGGACCUGCUGAAGCAGUAUUUCAGAGACCUGCCUGAACCCGUCCUGACCUCCAAACUCACAGAGACCUUCCUGCACAUCUACCAGUUCGUUCCUGAGUGUCAGAGGCUGCAGGCGGUUCAGGCUGCCGUGGUUAUUCUGCCUGAUGAGAACCGAGAGGUUCUGCAGACGCUGUUGUAUUUCCUCAGUGACAUUGCGUCAGCGCAGGAGAACCAGAUGACCGCAGACAGCCUGGCUGUGUGUCUGGCUCCAUCAAUACUGCAUCUGAACUCGUCCAAACGAGACGGAACCUCACCCAGGUUGAUCAACAGGAAAGGAGGAGCCAAACCUGACCACAAGGACCUGAGUGAGAACAUGGCUGCCACUCAGUGCCUGAGCCACAUGAUCACGGAGUGCAAGAAGCUCUUUCAGCAGAUUCCUCACGAGAUGAUGCUGCAGUCGCGGAACUCGUACGUGGCGGCGGACGCGCAGCCGCUGCCCCUGCACGGGUUCGGGGUGAACGCGCGGGGCGAGCGCGUGGACUACCGCGCGUACCUGGACGACAACGUUCAGUGUUUGAUCAGAGAGGCUGCGGAGAAGAGCAAAGGCUGGCACAGCGCACCCGGCCCGGAGAACACCGAGCUCGCUUACCGGAAGGUGGGGGACGGCCACCCGAUUCGUUUGUGGCGUGUUUCGGCGGAAAUGGAGGCACCGCCCCCUGUGGUGCUGCAGCGUGUGCUGCGAGAGCGCCACCUGUGGGACGAGGAUUUACUGCACAGUCGUGUAAUCGAAAGCCUGGAGAACAACACUGAGGUGUUUCAUUACAUCACCGACAGCAUGGCGCCUCACCCUCGCAGAGACUUCGUAGUGCUGAGGCGUUGGUGCACUGAUGCGCUGCGGGGGGUGUGUAUAGUCGUGUCCUCUUCUGUUGACCAUGACAAUGUGACAUUGGAGGCGGGGCUAAGGGCGGUGCUUCUGACAUCACGCAUUCUGAUUGAACCGUGUGGAAUGGGGCGGAGCCGUCUGACGCACUACUGCAGAGCCGACUUACGGGGGCGCUCUCCUGAUUGGUAUAACAAAGUCUACGGUCACCUGUGUGCGGCGGAGGUGGCUCGGAUACGCGCCUCGUUUCCCGUGCUGUCAGCCAAAGGACCUGAGACUAAAAUCUGAGCUGAAGGCAGAAAACGUUGUGAAACUGGACAGAGAAACGGUUUUAUGACUGGAGGGAAUCUUACGCACCGUUGUUACCCUUCUGGACCCUGUUUAUGGCCAUAGUUCGCAGACUGACCCCAGUUUCCUUCCUUAGCCAACGUGUAGCCGAUCAGCCGAGACAGUCUGGUUCUUUAGUUUUAGCUCUGGAGCUGCAAGGCUAAUAGCUAGCAAAUGAUGGAAGAUUAUACGCCACCAGUUAGCAUGGUGCUAACUGCAUGCCUUCCCUCAAACCGUGUGGAGGCGGUCCGUAUCUCUAAUGGACUUGAUUAUGUGGUUUCUGACACUGUAUGCCUCGCUGUGAUCUAUAUAGCAUAGCUUAAAAACAGUGCAUUUGCUUUAGCCGCAGGUUUUUAGCAUUCAGAGCUGAAGCUAAAGAAGACACGUCUCGGCUGGUCAGCCACGUUCGGAGAAAGAGCAGAAACUUUUGACGGUUUGAUUUAUUUUACCAAGGAAAAGUAUUAAAGUUAAGUGAUUCAUUGAAAUCAUUAAAUGAAAUCAGCAGCACCAGCUUAGCUUAACGCUAACGGAAAUCGGUUCUGUAUCUGCUGAGGGGGAAAUGUGCUGAGACAGCACUAAAUCAUCAGGUUCAUUCAGAACACGUACACACCUGCUGCUCCGCUACAGUUGUGUGUGUGUGUGUGAGUGUGUGUGUCUGUGUGUUUGCGAGCAGAGACUCACAGGAAAUGACGCAACCACACAUGCUAAUGUUGCUAAUAAUGAGGAAAAACUGAAGAAACUGGCAUCAUCAUGAAUUGCGCAUUGCGCUACUCAGUGGCCGAUUGCGUUCAUGGUUUGUCAUUAAAACUUGCUAACGUUGCUACUAAUGAAUGAAAAUGAAGGGCUAACCGCACCAGGAAAUCAGCUUCUUGCUACUUGGUGGCUAAUCGCUAACACUCGUUCUUGGCAACAUUAUCAUUUCCUUCAGUCAGACAUGCUAAUGAUGCUAUUAAUGAAUGAAAGGGAGUAGCUGACUAGCUGACGGUAUCAUAAAACAUAACAUUAAGGGGCUCUGGACUCGCUCCUUCUUCUGGUCGUCCUCCUCCCGCCGUCACUCUCGUCCAUCGGGGGAGCUCGGGCUUUGUGCUCCGCACCUCCACAUUCGCGGCUCUCUCCCCGGCGUCCUCACCGAGGUUCGUUCGUUCCCGCUGGGUGUUCAGAAAGGAAAUCUUCCUGCCGUCAUCGUCGGGGCCGGGGGGCCGGGGGUCCGGCGGGCGCAUGCCACACAUUGCUAAUAAAAUAUGAACGUGAUUAGCUUACAGUUAACGGCAUGAACUGACGCGCGCUCGCCGGAGUCAGCAGUCCGAUUGGCUCUUUUUGUCUUUUUGCCAGCAGUGGAGCUGAGCGGUUGGCCACCGAGUAGCAUGGCAUUGCCUUCGUUCCUCAUUAGCAGCGUUAGCAUGUUGGAAUGAGUUAGUCUCCAGGCAGCGUGACGUAGCAGUCGUGCUCUUUGCUAGCUGUCGUUUGGAGGAACGUUCUGAACCGUCCUUCUGUCCGUUUUGCGCGUUUGCCUGGAUGUUCUUCUGAAAACGUGAGGAUCUGGAAGCCAUACGACCUUCGAUCCGCUCAGGCGACGUGUAGCCGCUUAGCACGUGUUCUUGUGCUAGUCGCUACGCUUAUAACCCAAAAUAGAACCUCCCUCUCCAGGAUAACCAAGCUAACCGUGUUAGCUAGCUAGCUGCGACGUGCCGAGACACUGGGCUAGCGUGCUGAUCGUCGGUCACGCAUGCAGGAUUCAUGGAUACUGAUGUGAAUAACUGGCUCCAGAUGUAGGGACAUCUGGAUGUAAACGAACUCUGCAGUUUUGGUUUAACGGCCGUUCUGUAACGUUUCUCCAGCCUCACUACAGUAGCUGUGAAUCUUCGUGGCCAGAUUUCCGCUCCCAGGUGGGCGUGGCUUUGUCAUCGUCCGGGUUCACCUGUUCUAAUGCGGCCGUCUCUUGUUAUAAGCCAUUAAACUCGCUUGAUCGUAAACUAUGCAAAGUCAGCUUGUUCAUAUUGAAGUACAUAUUUUGUAAAAUUCCAAAAUAUUUUGUAAAAAUCCAAAUGUUUCCGUGCCAGGACUCUUAUUUUGUAAAAUCUAUGUCCUCUGUUUUGUAUGUUAUUUAUCUGCGCCUUGUGAAAUGUACAUUUUGCAGAUUAUGGGUCUGUAUGGGACUGUAUGGGACCUCUUUCUCUUUCUCUCUCUCUCUCUCUCUCUCUCUCUCUCUCUCUCUCUCUCUCUCUCUCUCCCUCCCUCUCCUCCAUCAUUCUCCUCUCACUCGCUUUAUCUUCUUUCUCUUUCAUUCUCUCACUCUUACUUUCUCUAUCUCACCGUUUUAUUGCUCCAUUGUUACUUUUUUCAUCCUCUCUUCCUCUCUUAUUUCUCUUUUCUCUUUAUCUCUCUCUGCCAGUCUGCUUUCUCCUUCUCUCCUUCUUUGUCCUCAUUUCACCCAUCUUUAUUUCUCU